GCUCUCCCCCCCCUCAUCUUAUCACUUCCGCGCUCUAAUGGCCUCACGCCCCGCCACUCAGGAAACGAAGACGAAGGGCCCCACUCCCUGACACCCUCCCCCGCGCCCCUUCCAUGAGGCCGCCGCAGCUCCCCCCCUCCCCCGUCCUCUCCUCCCACUUCUCGCCGCCGGCGGCGCCCGGGGCCUCGCCGUGGCGGCGGCGGCGGCUGCUGCACCGGGGGCGGGCCUUCCAGCCGCCGCUAUCCUCGCUGCGGGAGCCCAACAAGGCCACGCUACGCAAGGCCUCGCCCAACGUCCCCUUCCGCCUCGGCGGCGGCGGGAGCGGCAACCCCAAGGACCGCCGCCCCGCCGCCGAUGAGGAGGAGGAGGAGGAGGCGAAAGGCGGUGGCGGCUCCGGGGCCGUUACAGGGACGCUGCUCGCUGGAGCGCUCUUGGUUGGGGUCGUAGGGGGCUUUGGGGCGGCCGGUUACGUGUACAAGGACCAGAUCAACUCCUUCCUCACGCAAUUCUCUGGGUUCAUUGAUGGUUAUGGUCCCGCUGGAUAUGCUCUUUUCGUACUUGUAUAUGCAGGAUUGGAGGUUCUUGCAAUUCCAGCAAUACCUUUAACCAUGUCAGCUGGUCUAUUAUUUGGCAGUGUCACUGGUACAAUUAUUGUUUCGGUCAGUGGAACACUAGCUGCAGCAGCGGCCUUCCUUAUUGCUAGAUACUUUGCCAGAGAGAGAAUUCUCAAACUGGUUGAAGGAAAUAAGAAGUUCCUAGCAAUUGAUAAGGCAAUUGGUGAAAAUGGAUUUAAAGUUGUUACUCUGCUUCGUUUGAGUCCCCUAUUGCCUUUCUCCCUUGGGAACUACCUAUAUGGCUUGACUUCAGUGAAGUUCUUGCCUUAUGUCUUGGGCAGUUGGUUGGGAAUGCUUCCAGGAUCAUGGGCUUAUGUCAGUGCUGGUGCAUUCGGGCGAGCUAUAAUUCAAGAUGAAUCAGAGAUUGGUUUGCAAGGAAAUGGACAGCUAUGGACACUGGGUGUAGGGUUAUUAUUUACAGCCGUUGCAGCUGCUUAUGUAACAAGGCUUGCAAAGGAUGCUGUAAAGGAGAUCGACGAUUAGAAUGGUAGGACACACUAGUAGAAAGGGGGGCCCUCUGGAUAGUAUACUAGCACAUUGUACAUCACUGGCACCUUUGGUGCAAUCUAAUCUAAUAGAAAUUCAGAGCAAUUUUCUGAGGGAA